GACUCUGAAACAGGGAGAGGGAGAGGGAGAGAGCAAAGGGGAGGAGAAGAGAGAGAGAAGACGAUCGUCGAUCGCCGAUGCCCAGUCACCGAUCGUCGCCCAGCCGUCAAUCGUAGUCGCAGCCCAGCCCCGCCGUCGCAGUCCCCUCAUUCCUCCUCCUCCUCCCUCCUUCCUUCUCCUCUUCUCCUUCUCUGCUUUUGAAAGGCCCCUCCAGUCCCCUCCUUUCUCCUCCUGCUCUCCCUCCCCUCCUCUCUUCCUUCUCUGCUUCUGAAAAAAAAAAAGAAAAAAAAAAGAAAGGGGAUUCGGGGUUGCUCAUUUCGAGCUAGCAAGCACGACUCAGCAAAUAAAACCGUUUAACCCCGAACUAAAAUAACUUAAAAAAAAAAAAUCAAAAGCCAAAACAACCAACCCGCUGCCCAAACCAACCCAUAAUACAUUUUGUAGCCCUAAUCCCUUACUCAGUCUCUCGCUCGCUCUCUCUCACGCUCUCAAUGGAUCGAUUCAUCUACGAUCUCGGUGAUUCAUCUUGGCGAUCCGAUCUCAGAAUGAUACUAUCUCGCUGAUUCAUCUCAGAAUGAUUCAAUCUCGGUGAUUUAUCAUUCUGAGAUUGUAUCAUUCAUCUCAGAAUGAUACAAUCUCGCUGAUUCAUCUCAGAAUGAUACAAGCUCGGUGAAAGAUCUCUGAAUAUACACUUACCCAUUUACAAUGCCAUAUAUACAUUUACUUUCCUUUUUCCAGAUUCUCUUUAGCUUGAGGUACAGAUCUCCAAUCUCUUCACUUUCUCUACCUUCAAUUCUUGUGUGUAUGUAUAUUUGGAUUUAUUUGUGUAUAAUCACCCCCAAUAACAGUUCCACAAGGACACUGUUAGAGUACGCUUUGCCAAGUUAAAAAAAAAAAAGAAGUACACUUUGCUUUAGGUAUCCCUUUUCAUUACACGUUUUCAUUCUAGUUUAGGAAUCCCUUUUCAUUACAAUUUUGGAAUCCCUUUUCAUUACAAUCUCUUUGAUUUCCAUAUUUAGUGUAAUAUUUCGUGUAUAUAAAUAUGUACAUGAAUAUCCCAGAAAUUUCACCUCUCAUUCUCCAACUCACAACAAAUAGUUCUUCUGUCAAAUCAUUCUUUGCCAAUAAUCUUUGGCAAAGAUUCAAACUGUUUGUGUUCGUGUUCAAGCAUAAUGAAGAGGAAGAGUAGUGAUGAUGAUUGGUGUAAAUUUGUUCAUAAGGUAGACGAUGCAAAGGACAAUCUUCUCAAACUCAAAGGUGAGACUAAAUUGAAGGUUUUACGGGCAUUCAUCAAGAACAGUGAUCUUGAUUUAUACAAGAUCACUUUGUUUGAGUUACACAAAGCCAACAAGUCCUUAGUAUCUAAUCCUGCAACAUGCUUACAAAAAUCUGAAGAGGUUGGUUGUUCGAAGCAGCAUCGUGCUGAUAGAGAUGAUGAUGAUGAUGAUGCCGGUGAUGAUGAAGAAAGGGUAGUAGUUGUACCAGACCAGCAGCCACCGGAAUUGCCUGAAAAAUUGAAACAACUUCAUAAAGAUCGAGAGGUUUCUGAGACAGUUUUGGUGAUCCAAAAGAAAAUCUACAGCACCGACGUUAACACUAGUCAGGGUCGUCUGUCAAUGCCACUGAGACAAAUAAAAAAUAUGGAAUUUCUCAGUGAAGAGGAAAAGGAUUUGCUCAGCGAGCGGGGAGGGAUAGCGGUUAAGCUAAUUGAUCUAGCAGAUAAGAAUUGUGAAGUGUAUAAUGUAACUCUAAAGCAGUGGAAAUUGAAAUAUACCUCAAAUUACUGUCUAGUGACCGGGUGGAACACUUUUUUGACGAAGAACAGACUGGAAGUAGAUACGACGGUGCAGGUCUGGGCUUUUCGGGUGGACUCAGAGCUGUGGUUUUCUCUAUGGAUGGAGAUGUUACAUGUGUUGUUUUUCUCAUGUCAAGCAUGGAGCAUCUCUAUCAAUGAUUUGGGGUUAUAUAUCCAAUGAGGUUGCUCAGGCUGCCAAGGAGGAUCUGGCUGCUGUCAAGGCUGAACUUUCCAGUAAUCAGACUAAAAGGUGGCAAGCACUAGGCAUGUUAAGGAACAUAUUUUUAUGUGUCAAUUUACCAUGGGAAUUGAAGAAGCAGGCC